AUGCAAGUCAAGCUCCUUUUCGCUGCAGCCGCUUUCUCGGCCCUCGCCAACGCCUCGCCAACAUCAUCACCUAGCCCGACACCGACACCGGCUUCUAACGAAGGGGCCUUGAGGAAACCCCCAAGGUUGCCGACGACGCGACGGUUGAGCUCAGGAACGACGAUGGCAUUUGUAACGUGGGGAACGACAACAAAGGGCAAGGAGCGAGGCCCUUCCGACGAGGAUGCCUGGCCGUUCCAGCGCGAAGGUCCCAAUUUCUGUGGCGGCGGAGACGUGUCACUGUAUUACAAGGGAUCGGAGAAUACUGUCUUCUUGAAGAAGGGUAGUGUUUAUUUCAGCAACGGCCAAGGCAAUUAUAUCAUCCAGGUUGGUCUCAAGCCAACCAAGGUCAAGGUUGCCGGGAAUAUCAAGUCAAUUGAGCAGGGCUGGGCCUAG